AUGUCGCUUCCGAGCUCCGCCGCGGCGGCCCAAGUAGUUGCUACAUAUCAGGGAGCGACAACAGACAUCUCGUGCGCAGUUGCAGUCACGGCGCUGCUUCUGUACGACAUUUUCCUCACCUCAGGCCAAGAAUUCCGAUAUAUCUGGCGAAAACCAAAGAAUUGGAUCUCGCGAACCCUAUAUGCGUGCAAUAGGUACAUGUUCUUGUUGAAUCUUCUCCUGAACCUUGGAACCAUUCCGUCUAUAUCAGACAUUAGGUACAUGUUUAUUCUUACUGAUGUCCUAGAGCUGCUGAAUCUGGUGGGAUCUGCCAUGUUCACCACCCUCCGGAUAUACGCGCUCUCGCGAAAGAACAGGAUCCUGAGUGGGAUUGCGCUGGUGCUGAGCAUGGCUCCGUUCGUCAUCAAUGUGAGCACCAGAUACCAACAGCUUCUGAGCAACCUCCCUGCGCCGCUGAAUUGCGUCAAGAUCAACACCGCCAGCAGGAACCUCGAAAUCGGAAAUACGUGUAUUAUGCUCACCCGUCUGUACGACAGAUUGACCAUCGCCUCGCGGGGCUCUCUCAUUCUUGCGGAAUCGCUCGCCAUCGCCGUCACUUGGCAUCAAACCCAUGCGGCAAUCCAGCCCAGGACACUGGCAGGCUCCCUGAAGCGGCCAUCCUUCGAGCAGGUGAUGUGGGAGAACGGAGCGGUCUAUUUCUUAACGCUUGUCUCCAUAAACACGGUGGACAUGGCGUUCUUCAUACUCUCGAUCGCCAUAUCCUUCUCAGGAAAUUCCUCUUACGUUCUCUACUUCGUCGACCCCAUCUCCUCCAUCCUGAACAGCCGCUUCCUGCUCGCGCUCCACGAGACGAACGCACGGCUCGAAGGGGCUGCCGACGCGUCCAUAUCCUCCCUCUCGCUCAACACCGGCAGCGGCGACGCCCCGAGCGCACGAGCCUCGCCGGAGCUCCCGCCGUUCCUCGGCCCGAUUGGUGGUGCGAUCCGCUCCUUCCACGAUGACGACGACGACGAAGACAUGAGGUCGCUCAAAUUCGCACCGCCGGAGUUGCGUAACGAGUCCGGCUCGGAGCUGCAGGGAGGGGACAUUUUGGAGAGCGAAACCGCGCACGACAGGCCCGCUGCGUAA